AUGGAAUCUCAGCCAAGAAUUGCAAUUAUUGGUGGUGGCCCUGCUGGGCUGACCCUCGGUGUCCUGCUUCAUCAACAAAACAUUCCAUUUACUAUCUUUGAGCUACGCUCAGAGCCCACCAAUGAAGAGCUUGAACAGUUAUCGGGCAUGCUUGAUCUUCAUCAAGAAACGGGCAUUGCAGCUCUCAAAGAAUGCGGCUUGUACGAGGAUUUCUUGCCCCUGACUGGCGAAUGCAGUCAGGACUUCAUUGUUGCAGACAGGAGCGGGAGUGUUCUCUACACUCACGGCGGCGGAGCUCAAUUGCGUCCCGAAAUCUCUCGCAACAACCUCGCUAAACUCUUGUCCCGAAAUAUUCCCACCUCCAACAUCAAAUGGGACCACAAGCUCGUCUCUGCGACAAGACGAACCACACCGACUCGCGUUGAAACGGAGCUCGACUUCGGCGUCCAUGGCAAACAAGCCUUCGACCUUGUGGUUGGUGCUGAUGGAGCUUGGUCAAAGGUCCGGGGCCUCGUCACAAAUAUACAGCCGCAAUUUACCAACAUGUACAUCAUCACACUCACAAUUAAAAAUAUUACAUCGAAAUAUCCGCAUCUAGCCAAACUCGUCGGCACAGGAUCUUUCUCGUCACUUGGAAAGAAGCAUGCCGUCGCGUCUCAACGAGGGCCGAUCGACUCAUCGAGGCUAUUUCUCUGGCUCACAAUUCCUGAUGAAGACUUCGGCGCUUCCUCCGGACUUGCUGGAAGUCCAGCUACAAUUGUAAAGAAGCUCUUUAGCGACGACGCGCUUCUAGGGACCUUUACGGGCCUGUCAAAAGAGCUGGUAGAAACUGCCUGUGAUGAAGAGGCCAAGAGCGGUGAGAACCUCGAUAUCCGAGCGCUAUACGCCUUGCCUCACGGUACCUCUUGGGAACAUGCAUCUGGAGUGACCCUCUUGGGGGAUGCUGCCCAUGUCAUGCUUCCGAACGGCGAAGGUGUCAAUGCAGCCAUGUUUGACUCUCUCAUGCUCUUUAAAGCCAUUCAGAAAUCGUAUGAAACGUCCGGGAAGGAUGUCAACUUAUUCUACCAGACGUUUGAUCCCCUGCUACAAGAAUAUGAAACAGGUUUGGUUGAACGUGCAAAGAAGUUGGGUAAAGAAACAGAUGAGUUGAUUGGGCAGAUGUUUGGGGGCGAGGAUACAGCACCUGAUUUUGCUCAAUUUUUCCGAAAUAUAGCAGAGGGACCUGAGGAGUAA